AUGAGAUUGACACUCGCUAUUGCUCUCCUAUUUAUUGGCGCUACCUCUGCACUCUCAAAGAGCAGAAUCCAAAAGUUUAUUCAUAGCUUACCAUAAAUGCAACAAACUAAUCAAUUGUAGUAAACUUGCUCCGCAAAUAUUAACAGACUUAAAAAUGAGCUUGCAAAUCCCACUAAUUACAAAUCUUUAGUGCAAAACUCAGAUAACUUUUGGAAUGAUACGACUUUUCCCGCUGACUCUACUUCUAUACAAUGGAGUGGAAGCUUUAAUCAAAAUAAAAUCAGCUAAUACUUGAACACUAAGUGGGCAAGAUUAAACAAUCUGUGUUAGAACUGCACAAUGUACGGCACUAGCGAUUACUUGAAUGAUAUCGAUCAAAAUUCUCUUGGAGAUUGCUAUUACCUAGCUGGCAUUGCUGCUCUUGCAGAAGUCAACUCAAGAUUUGAAAAAGCAUUCGUCAACCCUGAAGUCAACUGGGCAGGCAUCUACGCUUUCAAUGUUUACAUCAGAGGAAUCCCUCAUGUGAUUGUUGUCGAUGAUGCUGUCCCAACUGGUACUACCUUAAAGAAGCCAAUUUUUGCUGGAUUUGGUUUAGAUGGUGCCAUGUGGGGUCCUCUUCUUGAAAAAGCAUGGGCUAAGACAAAUGUCAACUAUGAACAAAUUGAAGGAGGUUAAGCAUUUGAAGCAUUUGAUUUCCUCUCAAAUGCCCCUCAUCAAUAUAUUAUUAUCAAUGCCACAAUUCUUAGUAAAGAAGCUACUUGGGCAAAGAUUCUUGAUGCUGACAAUAGAAAUUUCAUUAUGUCACUUUCAACUCCUUCUUCUCCAGGUGGUGAUUAAGAUACAUGCAAUUUUGGUAUCGCCUGUGGUCAUGCAUACUCUCUACUUUCAGUGAAAACAUUGGAAAAUGCUGACAGAACUAGUUCAACUAGAAUCUUCUAAAUCAGAAAUCCAUGGAGAAGUGAAAGUAAAUUCAAUGGAUCCUUUUAAGACGGAUCAUCACUGUGGUUUACUCCAGGUCCAAAUGGAAAAACAUGGGGUUAGCAAGUAAAUCUUGUGGUCUCUAAUGAUGGUAUUUUUUACAUGACUCUUGAUGAAGUUAUGGAUUCAUUCAGAGGCCUGAAUAUUUAUGAAUGGAGAGAAAACUUUGUAGCAUCCUGGUAUGACAAGAGAGAUGACUAAGUAGCUAACAAAACAACUCCUUCAAUCUACAAAUUCACUCUUAAUGAACCUACUCCAUUAUAAAUCAGAGUUUUGCCAUAUCCUUCAAGAAUGUACCCAGCAACAUGCAAAAAUAAGUUAGCUCUCAUCAAGCUCAACCUUUUGGAUUCCAAGGGUAAAACCGUAAACCAACUCUAUUACUAUGAAACAUUAUAUAGUUAUAUCAGUUUAAUUGACACUCCUCUUGCUGCUGGUAAUUACACUUUAUAAUUCUAUGUUGAGUGGGACGUCAAUGAUAUUAGAGAUUAUGGAAUUAUCAUUAAUUCUCCAAAAGACAUCGCUAUUCUUGAUGUCAAUAACUAGACCAGCAGACCAACUAGCCACGAUUUCAGUAGUAAGGAUCUAAAGCCAUUAGUAGCUCAAGUUUCAAAACCACCUAAACCUUAAGUCCCAAGUUGUGCUAAAACUUCACCUGCUUAUAAUAUGACUGGUAAUCUUACUGCUGAUUUGGCUGGAUUAAGAUAUUCAGAAUCUUUCACAAUCAAGAAUACUAAUGGAAAUUUCCUAUCAGGAUCUUAAGCUGCUUUAAUUGGUAAGAGAUAUGAAAUCGUCUUUUUCCAAGGAACUCAAACUGAGGAAUACACAUACAAUGCAACUGUUUCAAUCACAACUAAACCAGGCUAUUCCUACAUUUACACUCCUGGCAAUGAUAAAUGCUUUUCAACAAAAAAUUAAACCUCAGGAUAAGAGACUCUUCAAUGUAAUUGCAAUAUUGCUUAUGACUAUUAUCCCAAAGAAUGUAUGCUUGCUCUUCUAACCUCUGAAAAUGCUGGAUACAAAACUUCAUAAGCUUGGGGUCUAACUGUUCCAGUCUGA